AUGUACGAUUUUGCUGCUGAACCUGGAAAUAAUGAACUGACGGUUAAGGAAGGCGAGAUCAUCACCGUAACAAACCCGGAUGUUGGUGGAGGAUGGCUGGAAGGAAGAAACAGCAAAGGAGAGCGAGGGCUCGUUCCCACGGACUAUGUGGAAAUUUUACCUAGUGAUGGAAAAGAUGCGUUUUCUUGUGGAAAUUCAGUGGCUGACCAAGCCUUCCUGGAUUCCCUCUCAGCAAGUACAGCUCAAGCCAAUUCGUCCGCUGCCAACAGUACCAGCCAGGUCAGUGGUGGCAACGAGCCCUGGACUGCGUGGAGUGCAUCCAAAUCCGGGAACUGGGAGGGCACAGACGGCUGGGGAGCCAAGCCUGAAGGGGCUGCUGCCCAAAGAAACACUUCCAAUAACUGGGACACUGCCUUUGGCCAUCCCCAGGCCUACCAAGGACCAGCCACUGGUGAUGAUGAUGACUGGGAUGAAGACUGGGAUGACCCCAAGUCAGCGUCACCUUACUUUAAGGAUUCAGAGUCUGCCGAAGCAGGCGGUGCUCAGCGAGGAAUCAGCCGGGCUGGGCCGUCGUCCAUGAAGCUGCCACUGAACAAGUUUCCUGGAUUUGCAAAACCUGGAACGGAACAGUAUUUAUUGGCCAAGCAACUAGCAAAACCCAAAGAGAAGAUUCCCAUCAUUGUUGGAGAUUAUGGCCCAAUGUGGGUUUAUCCUACCUCUACAUUCGACUGUGUGGUAGCAGAUCCCAAAAAAGGUUCCAAGAUGUACGGUCUGAAGAGCUACAUUGAGUAUCAGUUAACACCCACUAACACUAAUCGAUCGGUAAACCACAGGUAUAAGCACUUUGACUGGUUAUAUGAGCGUCUCCUGGUUAAGUUUGGGUCAGCCAUUCCAAUCCCUUCUCUUCCUGAUAAGCAGGUCACAGGCCGCUUUGAAGAGGAAUUCAUCAAAAUGCGCAUGGAGAGGCUCCAGGCCUGGAUGACCAGGAUGUGCCGGCAUCCUGUCAUCGCAGAGAGCGAGGUUUUCCAGCAGUUCCUCAACUUCCGUGAUGAGAAGGAGUGGAAAACCGGGAAGAGGAAGGCUGAGAAAGACGAGCUGGUGGGAGUCCUGAUCUUCUCCACCAUGGAACCAGAGGCACCCGACCUGGACUUGCUGGAAAUAGAGCAGAAGUGUGAUGCCGUUGGGAAGUUCACCAAAGCCAUGGACGACGGCGUGAAGGAGCUGCUGACCGUGGGCCAGGAGCACUGGAAGCGGUGCACAGGACCCUUGCCCAAGGAGUAUCAGAAGAUAGGCAAGGCCUUGCAGAGCUUGGCCGCCGUGUUCAGCUCUAGCGGUUAUCAAGGUGAAACCGAUCUCAAUGACGCAAUAACAGAGGCAGGAAAGACUUACGAAGAAAUUGCCAAUCUCGUGGCAGAACAGGUACUCACCGGAAGCACAGCAUCCUAUUUAAGAUCGUCUUUGAAGCCCUGGGGGCGACUGACGCAGGUCUUGGUUUCGCUUGUAGCGGAGAUGAAUCAUUUCCAUAGUAACCGGAUCUACGAUUACAACAGUGUCAUCCGCCUUUACCUGGAGCAGCAGGUGCAGUUCUACGAGACGAUUGCAGAAAAGCUGAGGCAGGCCCUCAGCCGCUUUCCGGUUAUGUAG